GAGGCAUUGACUGAGGAGGCUGGCGAAGCGGGGAACUCCCUUUGACGCUCAAUGCACAUUAGACCAGCUGCUGCUGCUGCUGCUGCUGCUGCUGCACGGGCAGAGACGCCAGAGACCGGUCUCGUGUGAUCCUCGCAGGAGCCACAGCGGGAGCGGAUGAGCCAUGGCCGGCGCGCAAGUGCACAUGUGCAAGACCAUCUACCCCGCUCAUGCCAACUCCCACGGGGCGCUUAGCGCAGGGCAACUCCUCAAGUGGAUCGACACCACCGCUUGUCUGGCGGCUGAAAAACAUGCUGGCUUCUCUUGUGUGACAGCAUCAGUGGAUGAUAUACUGUUUGAAGAGACUGCCAGAGUUGGACAAAUUAUCAACAUCAAUGCAAAAGUUAACCGGGCAUUCACUACCAGUAUGGAGGUUGGUGUCAAAGUUACACUACAAGAUCCCCUAACUAAUGUUGAGAAAUUAAUCAGUGUGGCUUUCUCAACCUAUGUGGCAAGACCAGCAGAUAGUGAAAAGGUUAACUUAAAACCAGUAGAACUUUUUACUGCACAAAAUUUCAUGGAGUACAUGUUAGCCGCUGAAAGAAGAAAAAUCCGACUAGAUCAUGAACGUGACUUUAAGAACCUGAUGCAAGAACAUGGUGUGAAUGAUGAACAUGUUUGCCGUAAUGAGGAAGAUGCAGUUUCCACUGACCUCACCCACGUACAAAGCAUUGAACUUGUACUACCUCCUCAUGCCAAUCAUCAAGGAAAUACAUUUGGUGGCCAAAUUAUGGCUUGGAUGGAGACAGUGGCUACUAUUUCUGCAAGUCGCCUGACUUGUUUUCAUCCAACCUUGAAAUCUGUAGAUAUGUUUAAAUUCCGGGGACCUUCAACUGUGGGUGACCGCCUUAUUUUCAAUGCUAUAGUGAACAAUACUUUUCAGGAAAGUGUUGAGGUUGGAGUUCGUGUUGAAGCCUACAACUGUGAAGAAUGGGCGAAAGGCCAUGCAAGACAUAUUAACAGUGCUUUUUUCAUUUUUAAUGCUAUAAAAGAAAAGGGAGAGCUUUUCGCAUUCCCUAGAGUCAAGUCUACUACAAAGGAUGGCUUAAGAAGGUACCAUGAAGCUAUUGCACGCAAGAGAAUUCGAUUAGCUAGGAAACAUGUUCUCCUGAGAAAGGAAGCUGAUUGCAUUCCUUAUCCCUGGGAUCAAGCCAACCAGGAAAACAUGAUCAAUAGCAAUAUUGCAGCACUGACUUUAAUGGCAGCAAAACCUGGAUGGGAAGUAACUGGUACUCUAGACCAUAUUAAAAUAUUCACUCUAGAGGAAGAUACUUUGGCAAUCAAAAUUGAAAUGCAAGUACAAAUACCUUCAGAACUAGCCUUUUCCCUUUUAUCUGACUUCGCACUUCAUGCACAUUGGAACAAAUACUACUUAAGUUCUAGAAUUGUGCAGAAUGUAACAAACGAUGACAAAAUAUACCACACUACAACCCCAUCAGUUCAUGGAAAUAAUUCUAAUGAUGAUUUAAUUCUUGUAUCUCAAAGAAAACCCUGUAAGACUAGUGAUCCUUACAUGAUAGCAGUGAAGUCCAUUGCCUUGCCCUGCGUUCUACCUUUUAACCAAAACUACUGCAAAAGUCAAAUCCAGUGUGCAGGAUUUUUGAUCUACAGUGAUGGCAACAAUUCUUCUUUGGUCUCCUAUUACAACCAGCCUACCACUGCUGAUACAUCUUACUUUGCUGCAAACUUUACUGGCCUGUCUGAGAAAACCGCUUCUGCAUGCAUCCAGUUCUUGGAGUCAAGGAGCAGCAACCUCAACACUACUUCAUUAUGUGACAAUUCAUGAUUAACUUAAUCACUGAAAAGACUAUUACAUAGAUGUGCCAAUCACAGUAGCAAACAUUAAUCUGACAAACUGUUUUCAUAAUCAGAACCUGUAUGGAGACCACUAAUUUAACCAGUGUGGCAUCUGUAAGACAUCACAGUUCUUCCUCAUGUAUUUUUUGACACCUACUUCCUUAAUCCCCAAAGAAAAGAGCCAGUCUAACAGUCUUCCACUAAGAAGUCCCUCAGAAGAUCCCAGGAGGCAUCACCUCAAGAUCUGUACAGACACCAAUUCAUACAUUCCUUCCUCCAUCACAGAAGGAUGCUUCGGAGGGAUGUUAUAUUAGCUUAAAUUAGAAAUAUUUUAAUUAUUUUAAAUCACCUUGAACUAUGAGGAAGUGGCAUAUAAAUGCAUUAAUAGACAUAAAUACAUUGGUUUGGACCAUCCCAACGUUUUGUAACUGCUCCUCUGAGACAGUACUUUUGUGAUAAUCCCACCUUUAUGGCGAUCAUUUUGUGGUGGUGCCCACUACCUACUUUUCAAAAUUCCAAUUCUGCCUGCAGGCACAAGAUUGAGGAUCCCUGUGUUAAACUGCCACAAUGUAUGUUAGCUAAGUCUCCACUGACUGUUGUUAAAGGCUUCCACAGCCAGAAUCAACUGGCUGUUGUGGGUUUUCUGGGCUGCGUGGCUGUGGUCUAGUAGUUCUUGCUCCUAACUUUCCACCUGCAUCUAUGGCUGGUAUUGAAUGAUAGAUUUCUCCACUCAAUCAUGACUUUCUUAGCAAUUUUCAGAAUUUUGUUGUUUUGAUUCACAUUAUAUUUCCAUGAUGCUACAACUGCCUUAAAAUGUUUUAUGGUCAGCAACAAUAUAAGGUCAGCAACAGGAUUCAAUUUUUCAUUUAAAUCUGUAGCCUACCUUUGCCUCAUCUUUAUUCUAUAAUUUUACUCAUAUUUCUUCUGGUUAGGAUGAUUUAGGGCCCCGAGUGUUUAUAACUAUAGAGUUUGUCUACUCUAGAUCAAACAAAAAGACAAAUAAGUUUAGUUUUAGUUCAGUAGAAAUAAGACCAGAACCAAGAAUACUAAAAAGAAACCAUCAGCAAGUGAUCAAAUAAUAAUUUAAUGCAAUCGGCAUAAUGGAAUAAAAUAUAAACAAGUAUCUGCAAUCACACUUUUUAUUGACAUCAGUAGACACAGAUAAUGAUAUUACCGAGUGACACAGUGGUUGACAAACCAUUAAUUUUCUUCUGAUUAUCUUAUACUUCAGCCACUUCCUGCCAUUUGUUCUGCUAAAAUAAAGUUUCCAUUUUGGUUAAAAUAUUAUCAUCCAGGAAGGAAGAGUGAUGGUAUAGCGUUGUCGUCUCUUAUAUAUGCCCAUGAUACAGCUACAUUAUCAUAAAUUCUAAAUCAUAUUUUCAGUAUCAGUUGAGAAAUUAUACAAGAUAUGAAGUAUCAAAAGUUAACAACCUUAGCUAAUUUGGUUUUUGGUUUUUGCAGUUUAGAACUGUCCAGAAUUUCUUCAUAAUCAGCACUCAUUCCUUUGUGCCAUCGACCAACAGUUACUGCUCGAUCUGUAAAGAAGGGGGAAAACAUGAGGAAGUUGUUUUCUUUGUUAGAUCACAAGUGCAUAAUCCAACAGCUGAUGCACUCUGCUAUAAAAAUGGGCUAUGAUGUCUAGUCCAAUAAAGACAAUACAUUUAUUACCAAAGUAA